AUGUCCGCUCGACUCCUCCACCCUGACGAGUUCGAGCUUGCAGCUCGCUCGUCUGUUGAUUCCCAAGAGACCUUCAACCUUGACGAAGCGGACUUCGAGUCUCAGUCUUAUUCCAAGUCAUACAGCUUUAGGCGUAAACCUGCAUUUCUAUCUCGCUUGCUAUCCUUCACGUUUUCCGGAUACCGUCGCAUCAGAGAUUCGGGAGCGCCUCUACCCUCGCCACGAAGGCCCGUUACGUGCUAUCGCCGCCUGCUAGCCCGCCGUUCAUGUUUCCUUCUGCACGCGUUCACCGGCAUUAUUCUUGCCCUUGUGAUUCUGACAUCGAUAUUCCGACCUUCCUAUACACGAUUACCAGCACACUAUGAAGCUCUUCGAAAAUCUGUAUCAGAGUCGAAUGCGCCGGGCAGGGGAAAUCCACGGAAUGAGAAGGUGUUCAUUGCGGCUAGCAUCUAUGACAAGGGAGGUGACCUCGCACGGGGCCAGUGGGGCAAGGGGAUACUCGACUUAAUCGACCUUCUUGGAGAAGACAAUGUUUUCCUAAGCAUAUACGAAAAUGACAGUGGGGAGGAGGGACAGGCUGCCCUCCAGGAGCUCCAGGAAAAGGUUCGCUCAAAGAAGUCUAUUGUCUUUGAAGAACAUCUGAACCUGUCGGAGAUCCCACACGUCACGCUUCCAGAUGGAUCCCAGCGCAUCAAGCGCAUUGCUUAUCUAGCUGAGGUUCGAAACCGAGCACUGCGCCCUCUGGAUCAACACCCGGAGAUCGAAUACGAUAGACUUCUAUAUUUGAACGAUGUCGUGUUCGAUCCUGUCGAUGUCCUGCAACUUCUCUUCUCUACCAACGCUGCACAAGAUGGAGUCGCUCAGUAUCGGGCUGCCUGCUCCGUUGAUUUCAUCAAUCCGUUCAAAUUCUACGAUACCUACGCAACUCGGGACCUACAAGGAUAUAGCAUGGGAGUGCCUUUCUUCCCAUGGUUUACGAGCGCUGGGUCAGGUCAGAGCAGACGGGAUGUACUUGCUGGCAAGGAUACUGUGCGUGUGCGGAGUUGUUGGGGUGGAAUUGUGGCCUUCGAUGCAAAGUACUUCCAGGGUCAUAAUCCAGUGCGUUUCCGUGCAGAGAAGGAUCUUUUCUGGGAUGCGUCAGAAUGCUGCCUUAUCCAUGCAGACAUUCAAGAUCCUGCGCCUGAUAUCGAAGCAAUCCCGGAUACUGGGAUAUAUAUGAACCCCUAUGUCCGAGUUGCUUAUGAUAGCGGGACUCUUUCUUGGCUAAGAACAACGCGCCGUUUCGAGCGGCUCUACUCCCUGAUCCAUUGGAUCGUUAACCAUAUCGCUGGCUUACCUCGCUUCAACCCUCGUCGGGGCGAAAGGCCUGGCACGGAAGUCGACGAAAAAGUUUGGGUUGCUGACGACAAGCUGGAGGGGGGAGGUUCUUUUGUGACCGUCAAGCGACUUGCAGAUCCGGGUGGCUUCUGCGGGCGUCGGGGACUUCAGGUCGUUGUGGAAGAUCGCAAAAAAGGGCAAGGUCCCUGGGAGACGCUCCCUGUUCCAUCUGAUGUCCUGUCUUUCUUUGCCGAAAACUCCAAGCAUACGCUUGCUGACAGCAGACAUGCUCCAAAGAAUGCCAGACAGAUGCUCAGUGCUAAGAGACCUUCGGUUUGUGCUUCCUUGUCUCCUUCCCGCACGCAUAACGGCUUCUGGGUGCUCCUCAGGACGACAACCAGCCGCAUGACUUUCAUUGUUGGUACGCAGAAACUGAAAGCCGCUUCUUUCAACAGAGGUUUCCGGAAGAGCUGCGUCUCGGCGCUGAGAAGGGGACUCACCCAGAGACCCGCCUGCAUGACCUUCACACCAACACCAACACCAACAACAACCUCUGCAACUGCAAAGACCACCAUGGCUCCUCCUGCGGAUAUCGAUGAUACCGCUGCCUUCAUGGCUGCGGUUCGUAGCCGUCGUCAGCAAGCCUUGAGCUCCCAGUCCGACAGCAUCGCGUCGUCCACCGCGGAGGUUGACCACGUUGAGACUCUCGUCGAAGCUCCUAUCAUCCCUGAACCUUCUCCUUCCAAGCAGAAGAAGGAAAACGUCGAGCACGCAAAGGCGAUCGCUCCCGAAGCUCCUGUUAUGCCUCUCAAGGAGGAGAAACAAUCUGCAUCUUUUUCCCCGUCUGUUGGCCUUGAGGCUUCCAAGUGGGCUAACCCUAGAUUCGUGUCCCCUACUCGUGCUCAGAGGACAUUGAGGGACCGUGAAGCUUCUAUCAGUGUUGUGACGCCCCAGGCUCGUACCCCUGAAGCUGUAACUCUCACCAAGGAGCCUGAAAUCGUUGAGACUCCGGAGGUCCCUAAGCCGUCUAUCACUGAAGAAGAGGACCGAGAGCAUCUUACUCACUUCAAAACCUGGGGUGCCCCAAUGGCUCGUGACAAGCCUGCUGCCCAGGUUCGUCUCAUCAUACUGAGCAACCUUCCUUCGACCUACAAUGCCCCUGCCAAAGUUUUGACUCUCAUUCACGGCGGAGCUAUCGAGAGCGUCCGUCUCUCCGCUGGUGGUUGUGCUUACAUCUUGUUCUGCGAUGCCACUGCCUGCAAGGCUUACUACGACCAGUAUCCAAACGGUAUCCCAGUCGGUCCUGGCGGACGCCAGACGAUCUUUGUGGAUAUUGGAAAAGAGGUUGACGUCGUCAGUUCGCAGCUGACUAUUGCGCUCUCAACUGGAGCCACCCGCGUUAUUCGGUGCGCUGGCGUUGACAUGAAUGUCUCCAUGAGUACUCUCUACGAGAUGGCGUCUGCAAAUAAUCGCAAGGUAGAGAAGAUCAUUGAUUCUUACGUCUCCGGAGAAUCUCGCCUCGUGAUCUUUCGUUUCUGCUCCAUCGAAGAUGCAAUUAGGUUCAAGUCCGCCCUCGUCCGCGACGACGAUUGGGAACACUGUAACGUCCAGUACGGCGAGGAUCCGUAA